AUGCGCGAAAAUUUAUGCGUUCAAUUCCCAUUCUUCCAAUAUGCCGUCGAGAAUACUCUAUGGCAUGCAGAAGAAGCGGAGCGGGGUGGCAUGUGCCAGAAGGAGUUCCUUACGCAGUUUGACCUUACCCAGUGGCUACUUCUAAGGAAUGCUAUCGAAAGAUAUGACGGGCGUCGCCACACGCCCACGGCAUCCCUACUAUACCUCCUCGGGGAGUAUAAUCUACCCUCCCUUAUUCGAGCCUACAACAAGAAUGGUGAUAAUUUCAAUGUCGAGAAAGAGCGAUACGGUGCACCCAUUCUAGCAGCAUUAGCAUGUGGCAGCCAGGAAGCGUUUAUAGCAAUGUCAGAAGUACAAGGGACGGCCUGCCAGAAUCUGACAUCGGUUCAUGGCUUAGCGAAAGCGCGGAGUGGAAAGAAGAGUCGAUUCGGUCGUGAUUUCUCCUUUUCAAAUAAGAGAGGGGUUAUCUCAUACUUAGCAGAAGCCGGCGAGGAUACAGCUUUGAGGGCGGCCCUAACCACCCCCACAGAGGCUGCCGAAUUUUACGGCGGUAGCGCUAUGAACAAAGAUAAUGAUGGCCGGACGCCGCUUAGCUAUGCGGCGGCAUACUGUAAUGAAGCCUCAGUUCAGCUACUACUCGCUAUAGACCAGAUUUACAGCGACACCAGGGACAAGGCUGGCCGGACUCCACUUAGUUAUGCUGCUGAAAGCGGUAAUAAGGAAAUCGUGCAAGCAUUCCUCGCAAUGGGCCAGAUUGACAUUGAUUGUCAGGACAAGAAAGGACGUACGCCGCUUAGUUGGGCGGCUGGAACUGGCCAUGAAGGCAUCGUCAGGCAGCUACUCGAUACAGGCCAGGUCGAUAUCAACUAUAAGGAUAAUGAAGGACGCACGCCGUUUAGUUGGGCUGCUGGAUCUAGCAGAGAAAGCGCCGUUAGGUGGCUGCUCGAUACAGGCCAGGUCGAUAUCGACUCUAAGGAUAAUAAAGGACGCACGCCGCUUAGUUGGGCGGCUGGAACUGGCCAUGAAGGCAUCGUCAGGCAGCUGCCCAAUACAGGCCAGGUCGAUAUCGACUCUAAGGAUAAUAAAGGACGCACGCCGCUUAGUUGGGCGGCUAGAUUUGGCGGUGAAGGCGCCGUUAGGCGGCUGCUCGAUACAGGCCAGGUCGAUAUCGACUCUAAGGAUAGUGAAGGACGCACGCCGCUUAGUUGGGCGGCUAGAUUUGGCGGUGAAGGCGCCGUUAGGCAGCUACUCGAUACAGGCCAGGUCGAUGUCGACUUUAAGGAUAAUGAAGGACGCACACCGCUUAGUUUAGCGGCUAGAUCUAGCAGUAAAGGCAUUAUUAGGCAGCUGCUCGAUACAGGCCAGGUCGAAAUCGACUCUAAGGAUAAUGAAGGACGCCAGGUCGAUAUCGACUCUAAGGAUAAUGAAGGGCGUACGCCGCUUAGUUGGGCGGCGAGAUUUGGCAGAGAAGGUAUUGUCAGGCAGCUGCUCGAGACAGGCCAGGUCGAUGUCAACUCUAAGGAUUGA